ACUUUGACCUCAAACAAUAUCGCGAGAUUACGGGUUUGCAACGGUUAGAGGAAACACGUGAUCUCCACAGAAGGAGGAAAUAGGUCCGCUCCGCCUCCGCAAGCAGAAUUGAGCUCCAAGAUGCACAUCUCAAUCUUUAACCUUAACUCAAAGAUUGCACUAGAAGAAUGCAACACGUGCUGUAAUAAACUGUUCCACUGCCCUAUUUGUCCCAACUUUGACCCCACUGUGAAGGAAAGGAUUGAAAAACAUAUGAACCACCACAUUAGUCACGGUCUGCCUUACAAAGAUAAAAUAUUACUCCGAUGCAGCCUUCAAUGUAGGCCACAGGGACAUUUCCACUGCCCUCUCUGUUCUAGGACAGUCAUGCGCCGUUUGGAUAUGAAGAGGCAUUUAUUGAUAUGUCAAGGAGUUAUUGAAAACGAUCAAAGCCCAGAGCCAUGUCCAAUACCCACUUCACCUCCCAAGGACCAACUUACUAAGCUACUUUCCUCACCGUCUGUGAAGCCUCUCCUGCAAGUCGCCCCUCCCUCCAAGAAGCCUCUCCUGCAAGACGCUGCACCCUCCAUGAAGCCUGUUUUACCAGACCCGGCACAUGGUCCAGUGUCCGAUCCGCAACCCUGUACGUCUUCAGACGAACAUUCUUACUCUCAACCCUCUGUGCCUGAUGCAACCAUGGCUUAUGGAAACGCAGUGAAAUGCCCUCACUGUAAUAACAAUAUUUACUUGCUUAUGUUCAACAAACCUCCCACUUUUAAUGUUCAUAAGUGAAAAUAGCUCAAUGAAAGUUAAGUCAACCGUUCAGUAAAAGUCAAAGGAGGGAUUGUACAUUUCCUGCUUUUUGCAGUGCUGUGGGUUCAUUAUACAUUGCAUUGUUUUGUUCAUUUGGACAUAUUGGAUAUACAUUCUGUCAUGUUACAUCCACAAAAAUUACUUGUAUUUUAUUGGGAUAUGUGAUAGACCAACACACAGUAGUGAAUAAGUUUGAAGUCAAAGGAAACAGAUUUUUUCCCUAAAAUCUUCCCAAAUAUAAUAGUGAAAAGUG